AUGAACCCAUCAACCCGUUGGAAGUCGAACACGGUGGACGAUUAUAUCAGAAGCACCCUAAGGCCGGCUUUUGUACAGGCUGUUUUCAAGCGCCUUAGAGAGAUCUGGCCCUCACAGGAAGAGGAUGGUGAGGCCAGUGCUGCCGAUUCAUUCCUCCAAAUGUCUUUAGGACUCUCUCCUGGAAAUGAAGAACUAUCCAAUCUGUGCAGAGAUCUCCUUCGGACCGUUGACCUCUCGGGUCCCAUACUAGUCCGCUUCCUUAACAAGAUCUCUACCGCUAUCGUUGACACGGAACCGCAGGCACCGGCUGCGAAGCGACGGCGGACAAGCCAAAACAAUAUGGUCGCAAUGGGCACAAGAGACCCAAAGGAAUUAAGUCAGAUUAUUGGGAAAAUCACGUUUAUCCUAGAACUGGUUGAUGGGUCAAAUCCGGAAAAUCAUCCUCGUCUCUUCGGGAGUCUGUUCCAAACUCUUGCAGUCUUGCACCACUUGAAACUGCAACUUCAGGCAGAAAUGAGCUACCUCCUCAGUCUUGUUCUCGGAAUAAUGCUUGCUAUUGUAAACAAAGCGAAAUUGAUGCCCAAACAUAACUUGGAUACCACAGUUAUUCGCGCGGACAUGAUCAUUGACUGUAUUCGCACAUCCCAGAGCCCGCAAGUCCAGAACACAGCGCUCUUGCUGGUAGCAGGGUUAGCUACAAUAUCUCCGGAAAUCAUCCUUCAUAGUGUUAUGCCAAUAUUUACGUUCAUGGGGUCAAAUGUUUUAAAAAAGGAUGAUGAAUACUCAGCUCUCGUAAUCGAUCAGACAAUCGAUCAAGUGGUUCCUCCUCUUAUACAAUCCUUACGCAACCAAAAGCGGGACGUGGUGUCCGGUACAUCAGAACUUCUUCUCAGCUUCACUGCUGCAUUUGAACAUAUUCCGUCACACCGUAGAUUGAGACUCUUCGAAGCACUGAUUACAAAACUGGGUACCGAAGAUUUCCUUUUCGCUGUGUUUGCUAUGCUCGCGAAUAGAUACGGGACAGAUCGUGAUGUGUUAGGGUUGAUGACUUCACUUGCAGCUAACACCGGAGUAGAGCUACAGCUCAACUCAUACACCAAGUACCUAAGCCUUGCUCAGGACGCGUUACUUCCCAAACCAAACGUUUCUCGUACUCUUCUUGGAGUUGGUGGCGAGGAUGGCCGAGAUCCCCCCAGAAUUGUGACUGAUCUAUUGCAAGCGUUGUCUCACCUUCUACAAAGCGCAUCUCUGAAAUCUCAAAUGACGAAGAUUUUCAGUUCUGAUAAUUCCAAUGUGGCUCCUAUUCACCAUCUCUUCUCUCGUAUUUUGGAACAAUUGCUCGCUUUUUCUGAGACUGUUCGAGCCAAUAAACCAGUUAGCAAAGCCUGCGGCGAUGCCUUGGGAUCAUUGCUGGGGAUAUUGUCAUUGAUUGACUUCAUUGAUACUAUCGAAGUUUUACUUCGACGACCUGAUGAUGACCUGCGUAGAAGAGUAUUGAGACUACUGGAAAGCAGGUUAAACCAGAGCCACGAGAGGGAUUCCGCUUCGCAAUCCAGAGUUUUGGCAUUUUUGCCAACCCUUAUCGGCAUUCUUGAGGGCUCUCCUGAUGUUUUGUUAAAACACGCCGCUGUUGCGUGUAUAGACAAAAUAGCAGAGAAAUACGGAAAGAAGGAUCCGACAUUAGUGGUAGUAGCAGCUAAAGCAGUUGUAGGCGAGGGUUGUAUUGGUCAACCCGAUGACCGCAUCCGUGUAAUCGGAAUGUUAUGUCUUGCAUCUGUCACAGAUGUCGUUGGCGAAGCGAUUAUCCCUGUCCUCCCUGCGAUGUUUUCAAGGGCCUUUGGGCUCCUGAAGGAUACCCUGGAGUCCAACAAGAAAAAUACACAAUUGCAUGAUGCGAUUUAUUCCCUUAUCUGUGCGCUUAUUACGCAUGUCCCGUGGAUGAUAUCGGAUGACCAUCUAAACCAUAUCCUCCGUUUAUCUUUCAAAUCAGCAGUUGCAGAUAUUCCUGAGGAAGCUGUCGAAAACCGCCAUGAGGCAUUGAACCUUCUCGCAAGGCGUGUUGAUGUUAACGAAAUUUUCAAGGCCGUCAACAGUAAUUGGUCGUUUGCUUGCUCUGAAGGGCCUCAGGCUGUUAGCGAGUUGCUGGAGGUUACAAGUCUUUCUAUCGAAAAACACCCAAAAUCGUCAACUCUAAAAAAUGUACCCAUCCUGACCAAGCUGCUGGAAAAAGCUCUCGAUAUUCGUUGUACACAGUUCUCUCAGCCAACCAAAAAUAGUUUCGGAGAAGAUGCUGUUAAUGACAUUGAAAACCAAGUCAAUGACAUGGCGAUCAAGAUGAUUUACAAGCUGAAUGACACCGUCUUCCGCCCAUUGUUUGUCCGAUUAACAGAGUGGGCAACGGGUUGUCUUUCGAAAUUCGACGGUUCGGGAAGGUUCUUGAGACUUACCACUUUCUACAAGUUCCUUGGGGCCUUUUUUAAUACUCUCAAAUCUAUCGUAACUAGUUACUCGAGCUAUAUCAUUGAGAGCACAGUUGAAAUCUUGAAAACUGCACGGUGCAAUGACAAAGAAACUAGACAUUUGUGGUUAGCUGUCAUGCAAACGCUUCGCAGCUCAUUUGAACAUGAUCAAGAUGCAGCCAUAUCUUCCCCCCUAGUCGCGCAUCUCUCCCAUUCUACCAAUCAAUCAACCCUCAAACUCAUCACCGCCGAAGCCAUCCCCACUAUCGUUGAACUUGCUGCCGCUGCAGAUUCGCCAGACAACCACAAGGAGCUCAACUCUGCCAUCAUGAGAUUCAUGCGUCCUGGCGAUAGUAGCACAGGUAAAAACUUUGGCGACAACCCGUAUACUCGGCUUGCUGCUGUUAAAUGUGAAUUGAGCCUUACAGAGCGUCUAGGCGAGGAGUGGCUAGCACUACUACCAGAGAUGUUGCCGUACAUCAGUGAGCUGAUGGAGGAUGAUGAUGAAAACGUCGAGAAAGAGGCGAGGAGAUGGGUUUUGGCUAUUGAGGAGGUUCUGGGGGAGAAGUUGGAUGAUAUGUUGGUAUAA